AUCUACACUGAUCAUCGGGGCACUGCUGAUGAGUGUGCCCUGAUGAUCUGUGUAGCCCCAGCAGUGCCACCUGUCAGUGUCCAUCAGUGCAUACCAGUGCACAUCAAUGCCACAUAUCAGUGCCCAUCUGACUUGCCUUUCAGUGUCACCCAUCAGUGCAAGUCAGUGCCACCUAUAAAUGACAAUCAGUGCCGCCUAUCAGUGCCACCUAUCAGUGCCAUAUAUGAGUGCUGCCUUUCAGUGCUCAUCAGUGAUGCCUGUCAAUGCCACCUACCAGUGCCUCCUCAUCAGUGCCACCUAUCAGUGCCCAUCAGCGCUGCCUGUCAAUGCCCAUCAGCGCAGCCUCAUUAGCGCACAUCAGUGA